GCUCCCGAGAGAUUGCCGUUUAGUUUUGAAUCACCCUGUAUAACGCCAAUCUACAUCCUCAUUAUCGUGGGAAUGAUAUAAUGAAUCAUCCUCAUGGUUUCUUCAAAGAUUUUGAGCCAGCCCAAUGGAUGACAGAAUCUGGAAUGCUAUCAAGUUUUACAUUUAAUAGAACUAAUGGCAUUUUUAUGGUUAAAGAACCAGGAAUUUACUUCAUGUAUGCUCAGAUCUUCUUCACAGCAAGACAUGAACGCAGUGGAUUCUACAUUAAGAAAAAUGGAGACAAUGUCGCUCAGUGCAUGACCACAAGCCACACUUCAGGCAGUGACGUGAAACGUAAUACCUGUUUUACUGCAGCUAUAAUACACCUGCAUGAGCAUGACAAACUGUCUAUCAGAGAAGUAGAUGGGUCGAGGUUUAGAGACACAAGUUUCAAGGAUUCUCACAGCUUUUUCGGCUUGAUCCAGUUGAAAUCUACAUAAUGCUGUAAAGUGGGACUAUAACGAAUUAAGACCAAAGACAUAGUGAAUUUUGUUAAUUAUAUCGUCUUUCUGUAUUACUUUUUAAGUAUUCUUAAUAUUAUUAACGUAAAAUGUUUAAAUUAUACAAAAUUUAAACAUCACUAUCUGACCAAUUUGCUUAUUUGGACUGUAUGAAUUCUAUAAUCUCAUUUAUCUCAUCUUAUUACUGCUGUAUAAUAGUUCCACAUGUGUCAACUAAAAGGAACUCUAGUCAAGAUUAUAACAAUUUCUUGUUGCAUCAAGAUAAUGAUCCACUUUGUGUUGUGGUAACCAUACAGAUUUUUUAAAACAUUUGUAUUCUAUUCUUGUAUAUUAAUUAGCAUAACAAAUUCAUCUGUAUUGUUGUUGAACUUAUGUCUCACAUCCUUACUAAUCCAGGGACUAAGAAGGCUAAAUAUAGACAAUACUUCACAUCACCACUAUAUCUAGGAAAUCUCUAGUAUUACCUAGGGAAACUAGAAAAUCUCUAGUAUAUCUAUCUAGUAUUCUAGGAAAUAAUACAACUAUCUGACCUCUUCGGUUUAUUUGAUAGAUAUUAAAACAAGAUAGUCUACCCUGAGCAAAGAGAAUAAGAAUAAAUUGAGAGGUUUUGGUAGAAUUUGGUAAUAUCUUAGAAAUUUAAUAAAUGCACAUAUAAGUCAAGUCACUAUGAUUCCUUUACGUAGGUAAUCUGUAUGUUAAAAAAAUAAUCUAGAUAUUUAUCAUA